GAUACAUCUUCAAAUUUCUCCAUCCGACGUCCAUCCGCCUUUCUUUUCCGUCUACCUGCGCUCGUUUCCUCUUCACUAGGGCUAGGAAACCUGUAUCCGGCCUUGAAGGCCUUUGCUUCCCUUAACUGCAAGGAUCACCACUGUACACCUGUUCAUUGGGGGACGGGUCAGGGGUUUAUUUACCUCUGGACUCUCCGUCUCCAACAGCAGGGAGAGGCAGCUCUCUAUCGGGCUCCCGACACACAUGUUGGCUGCGUUGGAGAUAUGAACAGGCACUACGCCUUUACCAAUGGCUAUACCGCUUACCCUCACGGGGAAAGCGGUACUUUUUCUAUAUCUCCUCACAGAUUCCAACCAAGGUCACAACCAGCCCUUCGGCGAAGAAGACAAUUAAUACAACGUUUGUUCAUCAUCGGCGGGCUCUCGAUAUGUAUUUUGACUUUGUUCUUUCCCUCCUGGCGAGCUACGAUUUUCGGCACAUUAACUCUUGGCCUCCUUUCCGCGAAUGAUGAUUUCCAACUCGAAACUGUGCGAUACUACGAUCUCACCAACGCCCAGGGCACGGCGCGAGGAUGGGAGCGGGAAGAGCGAAUUCUUCUCUGCACACCGCUCCGUGAUGCCGCUACACACUUACCCAUGUUCUUCUCACACCUUCGCAACUUCACCUACCCUCAUCAUCUUAUAGAUCUUGCUUUUCUCGUCUCAGACUCCAAAGAUGAGACCUCGUCCCUCCUCACUCAAAUGCUCAAGGAUCUUCAAGAUGAUCCUGACCCCAAGAUGCCCUAUGGAGAAGUUUCAGUUAUAGAGAAAGAUUUUGGACAGAAGGUGAAUCAGGACGUCGAGAGUAGACAUGGUUUUGCCGCACAGGCCUCGAGAAGAAAAUUGAUGGCCCAAGCAAGAAACUGGUUGUUGAGCGCUACGUUGCGACCGAACCACAGCUGGGUAUAUUGGCGAGAUGCUGACGUUGAAACUGCCCCCUUUACUAUCUUGGAAGAUCUCAUGAGGCAUAACAAGGAUGUCAUAGUUCCAAAUGUCUGGCGCCCUCUUCCUGACUGGCUUGGUGGGGAACAGCCGUACGACUUGAACUCAUGGCAAGAAUCCGAAACCGCUCUCGCUUUAGCGGACACCCUCGACGAAGAUGCCGUGAUUGUAGAGGGCUAUGCGGAAUACGCGACGUGGCGGCCACAUUUGGCCUAUUUACGGGAUCCAUAUGGCGAUCCAGAUAUGGAAAUGGAAAUUGAUGGCGUUGGGGGAGUCAGUAUUCUAGCGAAAGCUAGAGUUUUCCGCUCCGGAGUGCAUUUUCCUGCCUUCAGCUUUGAGAAACACGCGGAAACCGAGGCUUUUGGGAAGAUGGCAAAACGAAUGAAGUUUUCUGUUGUUGGGUUGCCCCAUUAUACAAUCUGGCAUCUUUACGAGCCAAGUCUUGAUGACAUACGACAUAUGGAAGAAAUGGAGAAAGAACGCUUGCAACGAGAGGCCGAGGAAAAGGAAAAGGCCGAACGGACAAAGCGAAUCAAGGAGGAAUUUAAAGACACAAAGGCUCAAUGGGAAAAGGACGGAGCAGCCAUUCAAGAUAUGAUGCAGAAGGAUCAAAAACAACAGCAACAGCAGAAACAAGGAGAAGCCACACAGAAACAAGGAAGCAAAGCUGAAUCCUCUCCUGACUCCAAAACCCCAUCAGACAAGUCAAAUUAAUGAAGAUUAAGCGGUUUUAAUACUAGAUUAUCUCGAUACUCCUCUUCGAUCUUCCUAAUUUAACACAUAUUUAGACUCUUAAGUGGCGAUGCGACGGGAAAGGCUUUCUUGACUGUAAUACUUGGUUUAUGACAGUUUUCUUUGCUGGCCUAGCAAUCUGUUUUAGCUGGAGUUCGAUCUAGAAGUGAUAUCAUUUUUCGCUGACGAAAGGGAAAAGCUCAAAGCAAGAAGAGAAGCUAUUUGGUUUUCGCCGUACGAUUACUUUCUAUUCAUCGUCUUUGAGCUGGCUUUCAUUCAUCUAUGCUUUGACAACUUUCUCACGGCCAUCUUGACAUUUUUUUUUAUUCUUCCAAAUUCACUUGAAACGGGCAGUUCUUUGUUUUAUUUUAUAUUUUUCUCUACUUUUUCCCACCUCACUCAUCUCCCAGAUACUUCUGGUUUGAGAAAGAAUACGUGUUCCAAUGCUCUUUCACAUUUUCUGGACAUGUGUCUUGCUGUUUAACUCAACUGCUGUUUGCAUAUCAUACCAUACCUUGGUUGUUUUAAGUUCAUUUGCCUUUCUUCUCUUUGUGGUCCUUCGAACUGCUGCACUUUGGUUUACCCAGUUACCCUCUUCCCAGAGAAGCCCUUUAAGCGAUGGCAGGCUGGGCACUGUUUCAUUGCUAGUAUUUUUGUGGUUCCGUAUGCAGUUAUUUUGAAGCAAUACCUGAUAUAGGCCCAAUUCCCUGCUCCUUCAGGGACAUUUUAUGUGUUACAAGGUUUUGGGGAUUCCAGGGAGGUUUGGACGGGAGAUAUCAUCUGUUCGGCCCUUGGGUGUUCAACUGUUGCUGCAAUCUUCGAGCAGAUAUCUAA